UGGAGGAAAUGUUGGGUAGCCGUGAGGCAGUCUUCAAACGGAAUGGGGAACUUGUGUUCAGGGGCAAGCCGAUAUCUGAAACAAAGCUUCUCUUCAUAAACCAGUGAGACUGUAACUGCACAUUUCUGGUAGCUCUGAGUUGACUGGCGUCCUUGAUUAGAAUGCAGCUGAGAGGAAAAGUAGCUCUUGUGACGGGAGCGGCGCAGGGGCUGGGGAGGGGGUUCACUGAGGCAAUGCUGCACCGCGGAGCAAAGGUAGCACUACUGGAUAUCAAAGUGCUAGAAGGAAGAAAGACGACAAAGGAACUAGCAUCAAAGUACGGCCCAGACAAGGUGCUUUUCCUGCCCUGUGAUGUCACUGACAAGGGUCAGAUGAAGAGUGCAUUCCAGCAGGCAUCCAGCCACUUUGGGCAGCUGGACAUUGUUGUGAACAAUGCAGGAGUGACAGAGCAGGAGAACUGGGACAUGGUUCUAGAUAUCAACCUGAGAUCUGUUAUACAUGGUACCUUACUUGGACUGGACCACAUGGGCACAGAUAAAGGGGGUGGAGGAGGCCUGAUCAUUAACAUCGCUUCCAUGGCUGGGCUGAUAGCCAUGUUUAUUGGACCUGUGUACACUGCAACUAAACAUGGUGUGGUGGGGCUGUCCAGGAGUUUUGGGACCCCCUUUCACUUUGACCGUAGCGGAGUGCGCGUGUGUGCCAUCUGCCCGACGAUGACCGACACGGCCAUCCAGCCCCCCAGGGUGGCCGCCACCCCUGAGGAACAGCUGAAAGCUGAUGCCCACUGGGCAUAUACUGACUCUCAGGGAGGGCUGCUGCAAGUAUCUGAAGUGGUUGAUGGUUUUCUCCAGCUGGUGGAAGAUGACAGUAAGAACGGCGCCGUGAUGAGGAUAACUAAACAGAAGGGAGUGGACUAUCAGCCGUAUGGGGGAGGGGGGCAGGGGGUACCCUAUGCCACACGGAAAACAAGGAGCAAGUUAUAAUGUCAGAGACAUAAACAAUAAUGCCAAAAAUUUUCUAAUUGUAUCAAUCAUGCAAAUGACUCUCUACAAAUCAUAAAUUAUUUACUAUACAUAUGAUUAUACUUGUACGUGUAAUACAAAGAAUGUUAUAAUAAAUUUUCUUUUAGGCCACAGCAAGUAAAUUUUAUGGAUGACAUCCUUGUGCGCAUUACUUUUUGCCUGAUUUCAGA